CUUUUUAACGACACAGAAAGUAUCACUCAAAUUAUAAAUGUUUUCGUGUUUGAAUAUUUUGGUGUAAAUUAAAUUCGUUUACUAUUUUAACAGUGGCAAGCAGAGUUUCUUCAGACGAAACAUGAAAUUGCAUUUAUUUAUACAAAUUUUUAUGCUAUGGAAACUGGCUUCUACGACUUGUGAGCCACACUGUUCACGAUUUCACUAUGAGGAGAAGUUGUUAGAGAAAAUGGUAAGGAUGGAAAUUAGAAUGGAGGAGAUAGAGAGAAAUUUGGAGACAGCGACUGAAAAAGAUGAACUUUUAGAGAAAGACGUAAAAGAUCUGAAGGUGCAGAAUAACGAUAAAGUAACGUUCUUUGCAAAAGCAAAAUCACACCAGUUGUCAAUGAACACACAUCAAACGCUCAUUUUUGAAAUUGUUGUAACAAAUAUCGGCUCAUCUUAUGACCGUACAUGUGGAAAGUUUGUGGCACCGAAAUCCGGGACGUAUGUGUUCUUUUCUACAGUACUUGGCCACAACAAUGCUGUCAUACUUCUCUACCUUGCCGUAAAUGACCGCCAUAUUGUAAACUUCUGUGCCCAUGGACUAAGCGGCGGGCACGACAGUACCAGUGUGACAGUUCCACUCCAGUUGGAUACCGGUGAUAUUGUAACAAUUAAAAAUGACAACGCGGGCGGAAAUAUUCAUGGAAACGAGUACUCAUCAUUCGGAGGAUUUCUACUGUAUUGAUAAAUGCUUACAGAUGGAUCGGCUAAUUCUUAAAUAUGUCCUAAUUUGCACACGCGGGCGGGUACCUGGGGAGAACCACAGUCUCAGAGACAGACAUAUUUUCAGUCGCUUUGUUCAUAUGUUGGGGUGGGGGUGGGGAAGGGGUAUAUGUGCGACCAGUCUGUAUUUUUAAGGGAAAAAACGAACAAAUUAGCAUGAAAAGGUCAAAUACUUCUUAAAUUUUGUUCCUUCCAAACUUUGAAAGAUACAAUUUAGGUAACUGUCGAGUACAAGUCUAGAAUUGCCGGACAUUAUUGAAAUUUUAAAAAUGUGAAGGGCAAUUCUAGAACGAUCCGUAUCUUAUUACUGUGCAUAACAUAUAUAUUUUUCAAAUAUAAAGCUGCAUUUUAGUCAGUCUACGAAAUGAUCAUACUCAGAAAAUGCUAUUAUACGGUAAAAUCGGGGUUUUUUUGCUCUAUAAGUGUUAAAAUCUGAAAAUAGAAUUCAAUUCAAUUUUA